AUGAUUUAUGCGCCAGGUGGCACCUUCUCUGUCUCGUCCAGCCACUCCCUCGACUACGAGACGAAGGAGGAGAAGGUGGACUCGUUCUACGACGAGCUCAGGGACCACGCGAACACGGCUGAGCACCUCAUCGAGAACGCAGACGGAAUCAACCCCGCCUACCUCACAAACACGGCCAAAAGUGGAAUUGCGGUGGACGUGACGAAUCAGAUGCAUCGGAGGCUGCUCAAGGGCGACUUCGGGGCACUGAGGGAGUCGAAGGAGACCAUUUCACUCUCCAACGUGGCCAGUUUGGUUGAAAACGACAAGGCCGUCUUGGACAAGGUCAAAUCAUUCGAUGAGCUGAUGCUCCUAUCAAAGUUGCUUGGUGACUACAGUCGCCUGUACCGAAUCAACAACUCUCGUCUUCUGGCCGCCUUGUUGCUGAACCUGAACUUGGAUCUGGCUCCCCUGAAUGGCACAGACAGAGAGGGGCGCAUUCUGAAGGGCGCCCUGACUGGAGACAGCAGCAUCGUGGGCGACAGAAUCGUCCUAUCAGGCAACUUCUACGAAAACAUGUCGAAGAUCAAGCAGCUUCUUGGUGACCUGAGCACGCCUGUUGAAUCAGACUAUCUUAGCGAGUAUUUCUGGUACAAGGUCUCUAUAGGCGAAUAUGAGGAUGUGGCCGAUUUGAAGGUGAAUGAUACGAGAAUACAGCAGUAUAAGGAUGGAUUCAGGCAGAUUAACGAGUUGACUGCAAAAUUGAAUACGGUGGUGGCACCAAGUGGAAUAGGCAAGUUCACUAGGCCACCAAUUGGGAUGAGUAGGCCGCAACAGGCGCAGAAUGCACUGAGAAUGGCACCAAAGUCACCAGUGAUGGCACCGAGAUCACCAGCAUCAGUUCCAGGGAGACCACUACCAAAGUCACCAGUGAUGGGAAGCAGUCAGCAGAGACCAAUUGGACAGGGAAGUCAGCCACAAACCAGGCCACUUCCAUCAAAGCCAAUGACACCUGCAUUUGGAACAAGACCAAUUGGGCAGAAUAGGCCAGUUAUGCCAGGUAGACCAGGAAUAGGAGGAAUGGGAAAGACACCAUUUAUGAAUAAGCCAAUGACACCACCAUUUGGGCAGAAGAGUGAAUCAGCCACAAAUAGGGAAAGUGUAUUCAGGGAGUUUAGCAUUCUUGUAGAACAAGUAAAACAGCAAGUGGCAACCAAAAACAGCAUUCUCAUAAACCAGAAGAAAACAAGAUUUCUGAAUGGGCUGGCAACGUACAAUUCAGUCGAUUCAGCAACAAUAACUGACGAAGUGGCAGGGGCAAUGGAAUCAAUAGUACAGAGGAUGAAGAACAUAGAUUCCAGGCUGAAGACAGACCUGGAUGCAAUGGGCGUGAACAAGACGGUGUGGCUGCAGUCCCUGGUGGAGCUGAUUAAGAUAGGCUACUAG